AAUUGUGUGUUCUUUUCUUAUAACAACAACAACAUAAUAGAAAAAAAAUGCUUUCCAAAGUUGCUGCUAGAUCCUUCUCCUCUUCUGCUUCUGCUGCCUACAAGGUCGCUGUCUUAGGUGCCGGUGGUGGUAUUGGUCAACCAUUGUCCUUAUUGAUGAAGUUGAACCACAAGGUCACUGACUUGGCUCUUUACGAUAUUAGAGGUGCUCCAGGUGUUGCCGCCGAUGUUUCCCACAUCCCAACCAACUCCACCGUCAAGGGUUACAACCCAGACCAAUUGCAAGAAGCCUUAACCGGUGCUGAUGUUAUCAUUGUCCCAGCUGGUGUCCCAAGAAAGCCAGGUAUGACCAGAGAUGACUUGUUCAACACCAACGCCUCAAUUGUCAGAGACUUGGCCAAGGCUGCUGCUGACUACGCUCCAAAGGCUGCUUUGUUGAUUAUCUCUAACCCAGUCAACUCUACUGUCCCAAUUGUUGCUGAAGUUUACAAGUCCAAGGGUGUCUACGACCCAAAGAAGUUGUUUGGUGUCACCACUUUGGAUGUCUUGAGAGCUUCUAGAUUCGUUUCCGAAGUUGCUGGUACUAACCCAGUUAACGAAAAGGUUACUGUUGUCGGUGGUCACUCUGGUAUUACCAUUAUUCCAUUAUUAUCCCAAACCAACCACAAGGACUUGGAUGCUGAAACCAGAGAUGCUUUAGUCCACAGAAUCCAAUUCGGUGGUGACGAAGUUGUCAAGGCUAAGGAUGGUGCUGGUUCUGCCACUUUAUCCAUGGCUCAAGCUGGUGCUAGAUUUGCUGGUGCCGUCUUGGAUGGUUUAGCUGGUGAAAAGGACGUCAUUGAACCAACCUUUGUUGACUCUCCAUUAUUCAAGAGUGAAGGUGUUGAAUUCUUCUCUUCCAAGGUUACCUUGGGUGUUGAAGGUGUCAAGACUGUCCACCCAUUAGGUCAAUUAUCUGAAUACGAAGAAGAAUUGGUCAAGACCGCCAAGGAAACUUUGAUCGGUAACAUCAAGAAGGGUGUUGACUUUGUUGCUCAAAACCCAUAAACGAGAAAAUGAACAUGUGUAUUUAGUUUUUCAACGUAUAUAUCUACAUAAAUAUUUCUACGAAGAGCGACAAAGUGUAAGUUGUAAAUAUUCAUUCUAGAUCAACAAAUAAUGGAAAACGUGGAAAAUUUCACAUCCGCGGAAGUUUGGAUGUUUUCGGAUAUUGUCCGCUGUGGGGUGAAAUUCUGACACCUUGGCGGGGCAGGCACAAUGCCGCUGUUCUUAGCCUUAUACAAUUGAACAAAAAAAAAUACAGGUUUGAUACAGAGAGUUACCAGGUAACCAGCACUUACUAGGCUUAGUAUUGACUGAGGGGAAUUUGGUGAAUACUAGAUUUAAACUACAUUCACUUCAAAUUUUCAAACCCCACAAUCUCUUCCUCGACCAAAGCAAAACUAUAAAUUUAUUCUUAAUUGGGAUAAUUAAGAAGUAAGCGUAACCGACUUAUUUUGAGCCCUGUGAGGCAAAUAUCGGUUCGAUGGGUUUUUCGUUCCGAGGAAUUAGGUGAUUUUUCUUUUUUUGUUUUUCCUUUU